AUGGAGGAAGAAGCUACCAGUGAUGUGCUUCAAUCUGGAGUCCAGAACCAUCCCGAAGCCUACGAUACGGAGCAGCUGGGAGAUGAUGAAGGUGACUCCCAGACUACCUCCCUGGAAUGGGAAGCUGAAUGUUCCCAAUCUGACGGAGAUCUGGAAAGCUCCUGCAUUCCGUAUGCAGGCGUGCAUAUUGAUCCCGAGAACGAGAUACGUGUGCUUGUUCUGGAUCCUGGAGACUUCGCAGAUGAGCUACGAGGCAGUCUGGUGGUACAGAGGUUACGAAGACACGAUGGCCAAGGUGUCUCGGACGAUCUUGAUUAUGAGGCUUUGUCAUAUGCCUGGGGUUGCUGGGAACAUCACGAAUGGAUCUUGCUGGCCGAUCAUAUUCACCCCACUGCGGUCACUCGCAAUUUAUGGCUUGCGCUGCGCCGAUUGAGGAUGCAAGAAAAACCACGAAGACUAUGGAUUGAUCAAAUGCAUCAACCAGGCUGGCUUCUUCGAGAAAAACCAUCGGGUUGGAUUGAUGGGUGA